GUCUAGCGCGCGCUGUUCAAAACAACGAGGGAAAGCGAGCAGGAGAAGCGCCAGUGACUGAUUCACUGCUUGAUCAUAUUUUACUACGUUUAGCCUUCUUGUGUUUAUAUUUGUUUGAAGAACCGCACCGACCUUUUAGGCAAACUUUGAGAAAAUGAUGCCCAUGACCACACGGAAGAGAAAGCUGUCCUGUGUGGACAAGGACAGUCACCCGGCCAAGAAGGGCUUAAGGGAGCAGAUGUCCCCCGUGAAGAGGAGCUCUCCUAGGAAGAAGCCAGAUGGUUGUUUGAACAAGGAAAACCAUCCAUCGCCACAGAAAUCCCCUCGUAGAGCUGCAGGCUCUCCAUUCAAACCUGCGAUGGUUACCAGCUCCUUCUACGGCGCCAAGAAGACAGUCUAUCUCACUCCGCUGGAGCGGAAGGCUGUGAAGGAAUCUCUGCCUUUUCCUCCUCCUAUCCAGUCCCCCCCAGCUCAGGCCCAGAAGCCGGUAAGGAAAACCAACAAAAAGGGAGUGAAAGGAGGCAAGCAGACGAAGAUGGCGGCAGGGUCGAGUCACGCAGGCAAGAUGGGCUUGAAAAGCUACGCCACCUCCACAAAGACCAUCAAGUUGUCCAAGCUGAACUGCAGCAGUAAUGCCAGUGCUAAAACGUCAUCCGCUGCCGCCAGCAAGCCAGCAGAGCCCAAGAAGGCCAUCACCAUCACCUUCAACAGCCUCAAGCCCAAACCUAAGAUCUUUGUGGGAGCCGCUUUCUUCAGCACAGCCAAGAAGCCCACCUCCAUGUACAAGAAGUCCUCCGCCAAGCCAGCCACCAUCCAGGGGAAAAGCAGAUCUGGGAAGUCUGAGAAGUUAAAGACUCAGCAGCCCAAGCAGACACAUGAACAUCCAGCAGAGACUGCAAUCAAGCCCAUGAAAGAGGAGGCGGAGCCACCGAGAACAAAGUUUGACCCGACGGACUGGUUUGACUCCUUGGACGACCUGCCUGGGACCCCACUGAGUUCUCCUAAAGUUCUGGUGGAGAAUGGGAUCACAAAGGAGCUGAAAAUCGUACUAAUGAGGACUCCAACACCGCCAAGUCGGACAUCUGUGUCUUUCAGCGCUCAGGGUGACACAUCCAAGCCUGUUUUUGAUCUCAGUGAUGAAAGUCCUGGCAGUGCCCCCUCCACACCGCCCAAAGAAUCGGCCGCUGUGUAUCCAAUCUUCGGCUCUGCUUCCAAGAGGUCAAAGAACAAGCGACCGCCGCUGUCCUGCAGCACCCCCGUUGGCCUGGAAGCAGCACUGCAGGCAUCCGCGGCAAAGGAGCGACCCGCUCGCAGGAGGAAGGACAAGCAGGAUGAUGACCAGCUAGUCAUCGACGCAGGUCAGAAGCAGUUUGGCGCCACCACCUGUAGCUCAUGUGGAAUGGUGUACAGUGCGGACAACCCAGAGGACAACUUCCAACACGACCAGUUCCACCAGUGCCUCCUGGACUCCAUCAAGUUUGUGGGCUGGAAGAAGGAGAGGGUGGUGGCUGAGUUCUGGGAUGGAAAGAUUCUCAUGGUCAUGCCAGAUGAUCCCAAAUAUGCCAUCAAAAAGGCUGAGGAUGUGCGGCGGGUUGCGGACAACGAGCUGGGUUUCCAGCAGGUGACCCUGAGCAGACCCUCACAGGCCAAGACCUACUUGUUCAUCAACACUGAGCGCAUGGUGGUGGGCUGCCUCGUCGCUGAACCCAUUAGACAGGCCUUCCGAGUUCUGGAGCAGCCAGAGCAGUUCAAAGACAUGACCAAGGACGACUUCAUGGACCGGCACCGGGCGUGGUGCUGCUCCACCGUCCCAGAAACGGCGCUGUGCGGGGUCAGUCGCGUCUGGGUAUUCAGCCUGGCGAGGAGACACGGCAUCGCCCGCCGCAUGCUGGACACAGUCAGGAGCACCUUCAUGUACGGCGGCCACCUUACAAAAGAGGAAAUCGCCUUCUCUGAUCCGACGCCCGACGGCAAACAAUUUGCAACGGCAUACUGCGGAACGGCGGCCUUCCUCGUCUACAACUUCAUCGCGUGAAGCGAUCCGUCGGACAACCGUGUUAGCUGACCUGUGGAAUUGUUGUACCCACCUGGAAUGACUCCAGGAGAUUAGGUUGGCCUACAGUUGUAAAAUGUCAACAGCCAGUAUUUCUGUUUUGUAUAUUUGCUGUAGUUUUAAGAUUUUAUUAUCAAUAUGAAGUUUGAGGGGGGUUUUGGAAACUUUCAUGUUUUGAUUCAUCAGCGUUUAAGUGUUCCUAGCAUUUUUUUGAUGAAAAAAAGUAUGCAUAUGCAAGCCUGCCAAUCUUAAAGGACAUUUUAGGAGUACAGUACAGCUGUCAUUAAUGUGUUCCAAAGGCCCAAUGAAAACCCAGGUCGUUAUUUCCAUAGGAAAUGUCAGUCCAAUUCAUGUUCCAGACACCCCCAAAAAAUACAUUGUAUACAGAAUAGUUAUACUUUUACAUGCAGAAAACAAUGCAACAUAUUCCCAAAUAAAGGAAUGGAAAUUAAGGGGGAAAAACGCAAUCCUAUAAAAACUUGGGCGUACAAAAAAAGAUUUGACUACUCCAACCCCACUUUCAUAUACUGGUAUAUAUAUUUUUUUUUAUUACAAAAAGCCUAACACACGCACGCCUGGUUAUAUAAGACGACGUUUUGUUACAGUUCAGAUUUGUACAAUGUCAUGGGCUGCAAAUGACUGAAGAAGUCAUUUACUGGCAUCCCUCGCUGCAUUGCAGCUCCAACAUCGCUCCAUCACUAUGCCGUUUUUUCAAAAAUUCAUUAAUAUAUAAUUGAAUGAUCAGUUUUGUGGUUGACUAUGGCCUAUUAUUAGACAAGCUGGGUUAUAUGUAGUACAAGUAUAGUCCCUAGGCGUCAGUAACGUUACAUUAUGACAUGACAUUACAUUCCAUUGCCUUCACUGCAUGGAGUCAGCCAUGUCAUGUCCAACAUGAGUGAGGUCUCCCAUUCCAUGUGGACUUGGUAAGUUUUUUGGUUCUUUGUCCUUUUUCCCCCCACUCUGUUUAAAACCCUUAAGUUUGGAAUAAACUAAGCUAGUUAGCUUGCUAGUAUGCUAUGUAAGCAGUGAUCCCACUGCCUGCACAUUAGCAAUGUGCGGUAAACAAAGAAUAGGAAUGUCAUGUGAAGAGUGUCAUUUCAUGUCUGCAGGGCUCUAAUGGCAAAAAUUGUAUUUAGAAAGUCAUAAACGGGUUUCCUAUGCUCUCCGACAAAUAUAUUCCAUUUAUAUACUGUAUUUAUUGAAUACUAUUUCACAGAAAUUCACUUGAUGCCGUUGGGUCCGGAAACAAUGAACCGCCAUAAACGAGGGAUGACUGUACACGCAGGAAAUGAUGUAAUAGGUUAGAUUUUAUUUGAAGGUGCAUGCUAUGCACGAGGGGGCGUGUAUGAAAAAUGUGUACAGGUUGGCAGGUCUGCAUUUGGAAAAGAAAAAAAGUACAGUUUUGAAAUUACGUUGUAAAUAGUUUUAAUAAACAUGUUU